AUGAGUGACUGUUGGAAAUAUUUUAAAAAAGCUGAAAACAAAUUGCACGUAAUAUGUUCGUUGUGCAAAUGUAAAUUAAAAUAUACAAACGGAACCUCUAAUAUGUGGAAUCACCUAAAAAAUCGACAUAUUGCAGCAAAAUCUGGAAAAUUAAGUCAGCAUAGUAUACAGAAAAAGCCCCUGUCAGAUGCAGCCAGUUCACAACCGGGACCUUCCCAUUUUCAUUCUCAAGAAAUAGACGUUGCUGGUCAUUGUUUGUCGGAAUCGGAAUCGUCACACAUUUCAUUAGCAUCAGAAACUGAAUUUAUAGAAACUAACAACGACCUUACAUCCAUAUCUCUUUGUGAGAGUACUUCAACCUCUAGCUCAGUAACACAAAUCGAUCAAAUCUUUCUGCCAAAAGGAACUGCUCUGAAAAAGCAAGAAACGACCACUAAUGCUAUAGUGAACAUGAUAAUUAAGGAUAUGUUACCUCUCUCAUUCGUAGAAGGCGUAGGAUUCAUUGAAUUUAUCAAGAAGACAAUACCAUCAUAUAAAAUUCCAUGUCGAAAUACCAUAAAGAAUAGAAUUUCAGUAAUUUACGAUGUCGAAAAACAAAAAAUUAUAAGUGAAGUAGGAAAAUUUGAUUGGGUUUCUCUUACCACGGACUGCUGGUCUUCCAGAAAUAAUGAAUCGUAUAUUACUGUAACCAUGUACGCAAUUUCAGCAGAAUGGAAGCAUGUCAAUUACACACUCACUACAGAAGUAAUGGAAGACAGACACACUGGUGAAAAUUUAAGAAGGAAAAUGGAAGAAAUCAUCAGUACAUGGAAUCUUUCUGGAAAAGUUUGUGCUGUUGUUCAUGAUAAUGCUGUGAAUAUUGUUAGUGCCAUAAAAUAA